GACGAGAACAUUUACAGUCAGCCCUACGCAGGGUGAGCGUGCGUCAGCCUUGUGCAACCCGGAAGGGAAUAGGGGGCGUGUCUGGCUGUGCAGGAGGCCAGCUGAUUGGCUGGAAGACUACGGAGCCGGGCGGUGGGGCCCGACCAGAGGAGGGCGGUGCCGUUGGGCCGGUCCGGGAGGUGACGACCGGCUUCCGAGAGUCUAUCAUGGCAGCUCGGACUGGUCAGACGGCCUUGAGAAGGGUGGUCUCGGGAUGUCGUCCGAAGUCAGCAACGGUGGCCGGUACUCCGGCUCCGGCUCAGGCGCCCGUGCGGAACGGCAGAUAUUUAGCUUCUUGUGGUAUACUGAUGAGCAGAACUCUUCCACUACAUACCUCAGUUUUGCCUAAGGAAAUAUGUGCAAGAUCUUUCUUCAAAAUUGCUGCACCAUUAAUAAACAAAAGGAAAGAAUAUUCAGAGAGAAGAAUUUUAGGAUAUUCAAUGCAGGAAAUGUAUGACGUAGUAUCGGGUAUGGAGGAUUACAAGCAUUUCGUUCCUUGGUGCAAAAGAUCAGAUGUUUUAUCAAAGAGAUCUGGAUAUUGUAAAACACGAUUAGAAAUUGGAUUUCCACCUGUAUUGGAGCGAUAUACAUCAGUAGUAACCUUGGUGAAGCCUCAUUUAGUAAAGGCAUCUUGUACUGAUGGGAGACUUUUCAAGCACUUGGAGACUAUUUGGCGUUUUAGUCCAGGUCUUCCUGGCUACCCAAGAACUUGUACCUUGGAUUUUUCAAUUUCUUUUGAAUUUCGAUCACUUCUACAUUCUCAGCUUGCCACAUUGUUUUUUGAUGAAGUUGUAAAGCAGAUGGUAGCCGCCUUUGAAAGAAGAGCAUGUAAGCUCUAUGGUCCAGAAACAAAUAUACCUCGGGAGUUAAUGCUUCAUGAAGUCCAUCACACAUAAAUGGAAAGAACAACUGGUGUCACCUACUUCUGGCUUUAGUUUGUUCACUUUUAGGAAGUAUUUUCAUAUGUUUUUUGGAAGCCAGAAAGCAUUGUUAAACACAGCUUUGGUUAUAAACCUGCACCAUUGAAACUUUGCACAUAGAAUAUAGACUCUUACAUAGAAUUAUUUCUUCAAUCAAGUAUAAUUCAAAGUAAUAUGGACAUUAUUAUGUUCUGCAUUUACAAUAAUGGGAUGUCAUCACCAUUGCUAGAAUACUGACAUGAUUCUUCUGAGCAGAAGCUGAAACUGUAAAUUUAAACCUUUUAAUUAUCGCCUUACCUGAAAGAGAUUAGUUAAGAUAUUCACGCAGUAUGUAUUGUAUUAACCAUAUCAUACUUAAGUUAUUAAAUUCAGACUAUUUGUAACUUAUUGUUAUAGGGCCUGCUGGCUUAGGAUAUUUGAGUAAUCAUGUAUUUUAAAGUAAAAACUUUGGGCUGGGUGCGGUGGCUCACGCUUGUAAUCCCAGCACUUUGGGAGGCGGAGAUGGGCAGAUCACUUUAGGUUAAGAGUUUGAGACCAGCCCGCCCAACAUGGUGAAACUCCAUCAAUACUAAAAGUAGAAAAAGUAACUGGGUGUGGUGGCACGUUACUUGGGAGGCUGAGGCACAAGGAUUGCUUGAACCCAGGAAGGGGAGGUUACAGUGAGCCAAGAUUGCACCACUGGACUCCAGCCUGGGUACUUUUGACUUAAAAAACUGUUUAUUGGCCAGGUGCAAUGGCUCAUACCUGUAAUCCCAGCACUUUGGAAGGCCAAGGCGGGCAGAUCACAUGAGGUCAAAAGUUUGAGAGCAGCCUGACCAACUUGGCAAAACCCAAUCUCUACUAGAAAUUUUUAAAUUAGCUGGACUUGGUGGCAGGUGCCUAUAAUCCCAGCUACUUGGGAGGCUGAGGCAGGAGAAUUGCCUGAAUCCUGGAGGCGAGGUUGCAGUGAGCCAAAAUCAUCCUGCUACAUUCCAGCCUGAGCAACAGAGGGAGACUUUGUUGCCAAAAACAACGAAAAAUAAUGUUAAUGAAGGUUACCUGGGACUUUUGAUAUUUUAAAAAUUGUUCUUAUGAGUAGUAGAUAAAUUCAGUGCCAUGAUGAGGUUAGCUCCCAGAUAAACACUGAAUUUUUUUUUUUUUUUUUUUUGGUGAGUGGUCCAGAGCUUUAAGCUACUUUUCCAGUGGUUUGCUACCUUCUCCAAGGUAGUUUGGCUGCUCUUUCAAUAAUGCUCAUUGUGUGUCAAAAUUUUUCUACAACAGUAGGCAACAGAUGAAGAUAAGUUGAUUGAUACGUCUCUAGCACUGUGCACCCAUAUUUUCUAUUUAUUAUAUAUACUCACUUUCAAAAAUGUGUUUCAAACUGGGAUUUAAAAAAAAACAAAUGUACGGACCGAAGUUGAAGUAGUAACAUAAUAAAGUUAAUUUGUUUAUUUUUUA